ACGCUCUGGAUGCUGCUCAAUAUAGAAAAGCAACCUGCCUGUUCGCCAAGGUAACGCUUCAAAGCAGAAGAAAUGCCUCGAAAUAGUGCAUCAUAUAGGCAAGAUGGAAUGUGUAUUGCCAGCCAAAUGACAAAAUGUGCGGACGCCGAUGCUUCUCCGCGCUCCGAUGGUUUCAUCUUUGGUCCAAAAUGCCACUUGCUUAACUGACAUACGAGGAUAGAGACAUAAACAGUCAUCGACAAAAGUGAAAUCGGGAAAUCAAGCGAAUCUACAAAUAUGAACAGUACGUUGCUUAAAAAGCGAAGGCUGGACUGUGUGUAUGCGGUGCUGUUGUGGCUCCAUCACGCUGUGUGGAUGUGCUGUUCAGCGGCCGAAGACCAGCAUUUCAGCGUUGAGGCGUGGUUACAGAGGUAUGGCUACCUCCACCAGACACAACCUAACAUGGCUGUCCUGCGAUCAGCCCAAACCAUGCAUUCUGCUAUUGCUGCCAUGCAGCACAAGUAUGGACUAAACAUCACAGGGACUCUAAACAAGGAGACUAUAAACUGGAUGAAGAGGCCCAGAUGUGGGGUACCAGACCUGCUUGACGGCAAAUCUGGAUCCCGCAGGAAGAAGCGCUAUGCACUAACUGGACAGAAGUGGCAACGCACACACAUCACAUACAGCAUUAAAAAUGUCACUCCUAAAGUGGGAGCACGAGAAACGCAUGAAGCCAUUCGCCGGGCGUUUGACGUAUGGCAAGGUGUCACACCGCUGCGCUUUGAGGCCGUGCCCUACAGCGCUCUGGAGAGCGGCAAACGUGACGUCGACAUCACCAUCAUCUUUGCCUCGGGGUUCCACGGUGACAGCUCUCCUUUCGAUGGAGAAGGAGGUUUCCUGGCACACGCUUAUUUCCCAGGGCCGGGCAUAGGGGGCGACACACACUUUGACUCAGAUGAACCCUGGACGCUGGGCAACCCAAACCAUGAUGGUGAGAGAACGGCAGGUAAUGACCUGUUCCUUGUGGCGGUCCAUGAGCUUGGUCACGCUUUGGGACUAGAGCAUUCUAAUGACCCUACGGCUAUAAUGGCUCCGUUCUAUCAGUAUAUGGACACUGAGAGCUUCAAACUGCCUCAUGAUGAUCUACAAGGCAUCCAAAAAAUAUAUGGUCCUCCAGACAAAAAUCCUCAGCCUACAAGAUUGCUCACGACCGCUACGCCUCCUCGCCUGCACCUACCAACUGACCCUCGAAAACAUGACCGACAGGGUCGCCCUCAUCGCCCUCCUCAGAAGUCGAAACCAGCCCACCCCAACUCCAAACCCAACAUCUGUGACGGAGGAUUCAACACUUUAGCAAUCCUACGACAGGAGCUGUUCGUCUUCAAGGAUCAGUGGUUCUGGAGAGUGCGAGAUAAUUCUGUGGUGCCUGGAUACCCGAUGCAAAUUAGCUACUUCUGGAGAGGUCUGCCUCCCAAGAUCGAUGCUGUCUACGAAAACAGCGAGGGGAAGUUUGUCUUCUUUAAAGGCAACCGGUUCUGGGUGUUUAAGGAUACAACUCUGCAGCCCACAUAUCCUCAGGACAUUUCUCUUUUUGGCAGUGGAAUGCCUACGCAGAGCAUUGAAACAGCUGUUUGGUGGGAAGAUGUGGCCAAAACCUACUUCUUCAAAGGGGACAGAUACUGGAGGUACAAUGAGGAUAUGAGAACCAUGGACCCCGGAUAUCCAAAACCUAUUACUGUGUGGAAAGGCAUCCCAGACUCUCCACAGGGAGCCUUUGUGGACAAAGAAAAUGGAUUCACAUAUUUCUACAAGGGGAAGGAGUAUUGGAAGUUCAACAACCAGCGGCUGAGAGUGGAGCCAGGUUACCCAAGGUCUAUCCUGCGUGACUUUAUGGGCUGUGAUGGCUUACCCGCCGACCCCGACUGGGACUGGAGCCCCCCACAGGAAGAAGAACCGCCACAAUAUGACAAUGAUGACGUUGACAUUGUACUCAAGCUAGAGAGCAGCGGUGGAGCAGAGAAAGCGGUGGCCAUCGCCAUCCCCUGCGUCCUGGCCCUGUGUAUGAUGGUGCUGCUUUACACCGUGUUCCGCUUCAAGAGAAAGGAUACGCAGCGCCACAUACUGUACUGCAAGCGGUCCAUGCAGGAGUGGGUCUGAGAAUUAGCUCCCACUCUUUCUGCUAAAACUAUAACCAUCUUAAAAAUCCCUUCAAUGGUCAAAAAGAUUGGCUCAUCUUGAGACGCUGACUUUAUGUCGGUACUUGUUGAAACGAAGCACGACAUAAAUGAACAGCAUGCCAACUUCCUGUCCCCAUUGUCAGCCUUCGUAGAUGGCAAUGUGUCGUUUUUGUAUGGUUUUGGAACUCUGUGUGGCUUUGGGUGGCCAUUUUGGAUCCCAGAGUCCUGUGUAAGAGUAAACGGUUACUCUACAAACCAUAAUUAUAAACUUUUCAAUUGAUUUGGAAUUAUUUAUCAUCGGACUGCUGAUCUAGAUACUCAUAAAGUUUGAACUCACCUGUGUCACUCCGAAAUACUUGCUUGUGUUGAAAAACUGAUACCCAAACCAAAUAUGCCCUUAGUGUCCAAAGAGGAUUGCUUCAUUUACAUGGGAUAUUCUGAGAUGACUGGCUUAUCGAUCUUUAUUUGAGUUCCAUUUGGCUGCAGAAUAUAUGGGACAUGUCUGCUUGGAAAUCAGAAGGACCUUGACAUAUAACAUCGGGGCUACAUGCAAUAUUUCGUCAAAUGCCUUAAUCACAUAUUGAGUUUAUUUUUAUGUGUGUUAGUGUACAUGUGCCUGUGUGAAUGUGACCCCAUUCCAUUACUUCCUUUGCUUAUCACUGUUUUUUUGUCUGAAGGAAACCUGCAGUAAAUGUUAAAGUGCCACUGACUGUUUAAAAGUUUAAUUGAAAACGAGUAUAUGGCUGCUUUCCAUGUUCUGUGCUGCUGCUUUUUUCCAGACUCCAAAGCUGCAGCCUAGAAAAUUAGACUUUUGGUUUAGUGCUUCCAGUCAAAUCAUAGGGAAUUUAUUAAACGGAAGAUUGUCGUUUAGCAGAAAUACCCAUUAACCUUUCUUAGAAAUUAAUAGUUUAACCAUAAAUGAGAUUGUCUUUGAGAUGUAAAGCCAGUUUUGACACGAAAGCUUAGUGUAUGUGUACAGCUGAACGCACUGCCAUAUUCCAUUCAUUAUUGUGUGUAAACCCAGUUGAUCGACACAUGCAGACAAAUAAGUUUCAUCUUUGUCUAGUGUCGCUGCUACUUUACUUCACGAUUCACUACCAAAUCAUAUGUAAUAUCUAAUAAAUUGAACCUACACUGAAAAGGUUUCUUUUACAUCACGCAAUUUUGAGGUACGAGUUCUGAACACGAUGAAGACUGGUCUUCGUAUUAGGACAGGCCCAGGGUUAGAAAACGCUGCUUGCAUGCAUACAGUAUGCGCAUACUAUGCUGAUGAAAUUUACACAGUGAGCACUGUAUGCAUACCCUAGUGUGCGUAAAAUCAGAAGUAUACAUAAUGCAGAAAUAUUUAAUUUAACACAAAUCAAAAUGAUGCAUUGAGGCAUAAAAAUACAAUCUGUUCAAUGGGAUUUACCUCACUGUCAAUCAUCCAGCUGUUAAUAAGAGAAACAGAAAGUAUGUUUUUCUAAAACAUUUCCAGAGGAAAUUGUAGCAUGUCUAUCUUUCGCAGCAUUUUUAAAAAUUUGAGGCAAAAUAAGUGCGCCUUUUAUCCCGACUAAGGUAUAUAAUGCUAAGAACAGAGAAUAAAGAUGCAUAUGAAUACAGAAAGUUGACCAAUCCAUACAAAAUAAAGAAAUUUCUACAUGAAAUAAAUUGGCAAAAAAAUACUGAUUUGAGUUUAAAUUAUUUUAUACCUUUCCUGAAACUAUCCUAUAGCUAAGAACUAAAAUGUAACGUAACAAUUGGCCUAGUAAGAAGACAAACACUAAUAAUAAUACUGCACUAACAUUAAGACUGAAAUACCCUGAGGUAAUUUUCACUAUAGUCGAUAACUGAAAUGUAAGAUGGCACCAGUUGUGUUUGAAGUGAGAAAGGGUGUCUGCAGUGUGAUAGCAGAGACAUGAAAGUAGCGCCAUUUUCAGUUACCCAGAUGAGUGGUCUGAUAUACAGCAUUGCUGUAGAUGGGGAACAUUAGGUAAUAUCUGUCGCUUAAUGCUGUGAUUUAGUCAGAAAAGAUGAAUAAAAAUAAGUUUUUUAGCAAUGCUGCUUUGCAAACACCCAUGUUUUACCUGAUGAAGUCCAAGCUUGAGUGUCAUAAAAUGCUCUGUUGGCUGAAUAUAACACUUCAGUUACUCUUUUCAGGCAUGGGUUUGGGUUCAAAUAGCAUUUGUUGCACAAUUAAAGGGAGUUAAGGUACUGUAUACUGCAAUCAGAGAAUUAGCUUUACUGCUUAUUUCUGUUUAAAAAUGCUUUCCAUGUAAAAAAUAUUUGUUAGCAUGAUCAUUCUCUGAGCGUAUCCACCACUAAACACAUCAAAUGUUGCCAUUUGAUAUUCCUUUUGAGUGUUUCUUGGAAGUGGAGUGUUGUAUAUUGUCAUAUGCCUUGUUUUAUCUUUCAUUUUAUGAACUGAUCUUUAAUGGACUAUGGUGUUUCUCGCCAUGCCAUCAGCAUCAGCCUUCCAGUUGCACAAUCAUGAGACGUGCACAUGAAUUUCCAUGCGUGAAGUGUUGUUUUCAUUUUAAACAGAAGAGUAACUCAAGAAUAUGCCCCGUUUUACCUUUGAGGUCGCUGAGUAUUGGAUGUGUAUCUGAACAUGCUGUAAAUAUAUCUCAUGUAGUGUCUUUAUUACGGAUAUGAAAGGCAAAUUAUGCAGUACAUCAAUAAUAAGAUAUUAUCUAUUAUCAGAUGUGGAGUGUGAAUCAUUCUUGUGAACUCUAAUGAAGAAGUUAACAAAAUGUACCAGGCAACCAUAAGACAUUAACAUGUAAUUUAUCACUGAGAUUCAUGAAAGGUUGUUUGGAUGAUAUAAUAAAACAGUUAUAUAUUAAAUAAU